AGAACAUAAAUAUUUGUUGCAAUUAGCAAUAACAGAAAGUUCUUUCUUGUUCAAUGAAAACUAAAUUUUAAUUAUUGAUAAUCUGUGGAAUAAAAUGAAAUAUAGUGUAAAAAAUUUAAACUGAAAAUUGCGGAAACCUUUUAUGCUUCAUCAAUCACAAUCAAUUCACAUCUUUGCUGAAAGCUCUCCUUCGCAACUAUGAAUUUGUUUGCAACUCUAAUUUAUUGAGCUAAACAUAAAAUAUGUUUUUAAGGUGGAGAAAAAUUUUUUAGUUAAUAAUAUAAUACGUCAAGGAAAUUUAGAUUACAUCGAAAUUACAUUAAUAAGAUUAAAUGAAGGUGGAGGAAUAUUAAAAUGAUAAUUCUCAUGAGCAUUUGAGUAAAAAUGGAGAGCUAUUGUUUUCUUAAGUUUCUCAUUCAAAAAAAUUUGAGAAUUUUCAUUUAUUUAAUUUAUAAUUAAAAAAUUUUAAUUUCUUUUCAUAUAAUUUAAAAUAUCAAAAUCUAUUAACUAAUCCAAGAUCUCACAAUAAUCUAUCAAAAGCAGAUUGA